AAAACUCAUUUUCUCGGAACACUAUUUCUAAAGCCUUUUUUUUUUUUUUUUUAAUUCUCGCUUUACUUUUCUUCCGCUAUUUUCAGCGACCAACAUAGAAAGAAGCAAUAGCCAGGACAGGAGGAUCUCUCAGGGUUUAGGUGAUGGCGUCAAAGCGGAUCUUGAAGGAGCUCAAGGAUCUCCAGAAAGAUCCUCCAACCUCUUGUAGCGCAGGCCCUGUUGCUGAAGACAUGUUUCAUUGGCAAGCAACUAUUAUGGGUCCUCCUGACAGUCCAUAUGCUGGUGGAGUGUUUCUAGUCACCAUUCAUUUCCCUCCGGACUAUCCAUUUAAGCCACCCAAGGUUGCAUUCAGGACAAAGGUCUUUCACCCUAAUAUUAACAGCAAUGGUAGCAUUUGCCUCGAUAUUUUGAAGGAGCAGUGGAGCCCCGCCCUCACCAUAUCCAAGGUGUUGCUCUCAAUCUGCUCACUCUUGACGGAUCCAAAUCCUGAUGACCCGUUGGUGCCAGAGAUCGCCCACAUGUACAAGACUGACCGGAGCAAGUAUGAGACAACUGCUCGGAGCUGGACCCAGAAGUAUGCUAUGGGUUAACGUGCUUCUACCACAUGUAACAGGAGGGCUUCCUUCCCUGUGGCGUUGGUCUUUAAAUUAAUAUGCAUGAAUCAAUGUGUGGUCUGUCUCUUUAUUUAGUGGACCAAGCCCUCCUUAAAACACAUUUGCUGCUUUAAUUGUUUGUAUGGAAAUUAUCUUUCAAACUUAAAGUCCCCACUCUGCUAAA